AUGUGUUGUCCAAUAUGGACUUUUGAUCCUGAGUAUGCUGAAAUAUACGUCGAGGCCAUAAAAAUAGCCAUCAAUAUGGGAAUGGAGAAAAUAUGGAACCUCAUUUAUGGUUUAACUACUGAACAAAGAAACAAAGCCACUGGAACUCUGGUAGAAUCGAACAGUAUGUUACACAUCGCAGCAUACCCAUUAGUAGAUGUUCCAGAUGAAGCUUUACAGAAAAAAGGAGAACAACAGUUGUCGAAAAUAUUCAGCAAGCCUCCAGGUGCAGCUGUGAAAGUGCAGAGAGAAAUACAAUGGUACAAGGAGGUGGAGAGGAUGGUACCAUCUUCAUACAAAAUUCUUGCUAACAAGAAUGGAAACACUCUUCCAGAAUUGUUCACAAAAUCGCACGCUGAAUUAGUUAAACAAGGAGAACAAUGGACGAGAGAUACGGCAACAUCAUGUACAAUUGUAGCCACUCUCAUUGUCACUGUUAUGUUUGCUGCAGCCUUCACAUUAUCAGGUGGUGCUGUUGAUAAACCCGACGAGUCAAGGAAGACCCCAUUGCAAUCAGGGGAUCCCAAGUUCCUACACCAUGACAACUUUAUGGUUUUCAUAAUAUCAGAUGCAUUUGCUCUAUUCUCUUCGUUUACUGCAGUGUUAAUGUUCCUUAGCAUCCUCACUUCACGCUUUGAGGAAAAAGAUUUCUUUAAGGCAUUGCCCAAGAGAUUGAUAAUUGGUUUGGCUACCCAUUUCUUGUCUAUUGCCACCAUGAUGGUAGCUUUUGGUGCCACGCUUGAUAUUGUGCUUGACAGAUGGACAAGUUGGGCAUAUUUUCUGAUCAUGUCGCUUGUUUGUGUCCCAGCAACCUUAUUUGCUUUAUUGCAUUUUCCCCUGUUUAUUGACAUGGUCUCAUCUACCUAUGGAGGUGGUAUCUUUAAACGGAAAACAAAAUGUUCCUUCUUCGACAAUCCAAAUGACUAUGUUACUCAAGAAUACCCUCCAAGUGGAGGGGGGACACUAUAA